AUGACCAAUUUUUUUUGGUUGAACAAUACCUCAAAUCAAAUACUUUUAAAAGUCCUGAAGAAUACCGAAAAGAUAAUAGGGAGCCUAUUGAAACAUAACUCUCAAAAUUACAAAGCCAAUUUAAAGAUUUUGAAAUGUUUCAAAAAUUUUGCAAAUAAUUGGAGUUCAAAAGAUUAA